AUGGCUUUGGAACCUAUCUCUGAUAGACUUCUUGGGUCUAAAAAUAAGAAAGUCGCAUACUUCUACGACUCCGAUGUGGGCAACUAUGCCUAUGUCUCGGGCCACCCGAUGAAGCCUCAUCGCAUACGCAUGACACACAGCUUGGUGAUGAACUAUGGCCUCUAUAAGAAAAUGGAGAUCUACCGUGCGAAACCUGCCUCAAAGUACGAGAUGACCCAGUUCCACACCGACGAAUAUAUCGACUUCCUGUCCAAGGUCACACCCGACAACAUGGAUCACUUCUCAAAGGAGCAGAGCCGGUACAACGUUGGAGACGAUUGCCCCGUGUUUGACGGUCUCUUCGAGUUCUGCGGAAUCAGCGCUGGUGGCAGCAUGGAAGGCGCUGCGCGACUGAACCGCAACAAAUGCGAUAUUGCCGUCAACUGGGCUGGUGGUCUUCACCACGCCAAGAAGAGCGAAGCAAGUGGCUUCUGCUAUGUCAAUGAUAUCGUUCUUGGAAUUCUGGAGCUUCUGCGCUUCAAACAACGAGUCCUUUACGUUGAUAUUGAUGUUCACCACGGCGAUGGUGUCGAAGAGGCUUUCUACACUACUGAUCGCGUCAUGACCUGUUCUUUCCACAAAUACGGCGAGUACUUCCCUGGUACCGGUGAGCUUCGCGACAUCGGUGUUGGGCAAGGCAAAAACUACGCAGUGAACUUUCCUCUCCGGGAUGGCAUCACUGAUGUCACAUACAAAAGCAUCUUCGAGCCCGUUAUUAAGAGCGUGAUGGAGUGGUACCGCCCCGAGGCCGUGGUCCUUCAGUGCGGUGGAGACAGUUUGUCCGGUGAUCGCUUGGGCUGCUUCAACCUGAGCAUGCGAGGACAUGCCAACUGUGUUAACUUCGUUAAGAGCUUUGAUCUGCCAACCUUGGUUCUUGGCGGUGGUGGCUACACCAUGCGCAACGUUGCACGGACAUGGGCUUAUGAGACCGGUAUCCUUGUUGGAGAGCCCCUGGGAUCAGAGCUGCCAUACAAUGACUACUAUGAGUACUUCGCUCCUGAUUAUCAGCUUGAUGUUCGCCCCUCCAACAUGGACAACGCCAACACCAGAGAAUACCUGGACAAGAUUCGCAACCAAGUUGUUGAAAACCUCAAGCGCACGGCAUUUGCUCCUUCGGUCCAAAUGACGGAUGUGCCGCGAAACCCCAUCUUGGAUGGCAUGGACGACGAGGCUGACGACGUUAUGGACGACCUCGAUGAGGAUGAGAACAAAGACAAGCGGUUCACACAACGACGAUUCGACCAACGCACCGAAAAGGCUGGCGAGCUUAGUGACAGCGAGGAUGAAGCCGAGAACGCCGCCAACGGCGUUCGUCGCCAACCAGGCGCCACGCGCCGCCGCAACCAAGUCAACUACCGAAACCUCGAGCCGGACUCUGGGCUGGAUAGUGGCAUGGCAACCCCGCAAGAUGGCUCAUCAGCGGCUGAUGGAGAAAUGGAUUUUGCCAUUGAUUCUAAGAUGACCGAUGCCCCACGCACUGAACCCGAGGCUCCUGAUGCUGAUCACACGGCUAUCGAAAGUGAGGAACAGGAAGCCUCUACUGCCUCUCAACACCAGUCUCCUCCCACUCAUGAUGAAGAUAUUACGAUGGAGGAUGCUGCUGUCGCUGAACCUAUUGCCUUGGAACAGGCUUCGACUCAAGCGUCAAUCGCCGAGGAUAAACAUCCGGUCGAGGGCUCCACCGCCUCCCCUGUGCGGGCCCAUUCCCCUCCGAAAGAGGCUGCCGGUCAUACCAUCGAGAAGAUUGUCAAAGCCUCUGCUCUUACUGCAGACAACGAGGCCACGGCAACCAAGGAAGAGAACCUGGAACACAUGUCAGAACCCAAGAAAGAGGAGUAA